AUGGCGACCCAGUAUGCGCGAGUCUCUUCUCUCGACACUUAUUUUGAUGAUUCCGCAAACGAAGUGGAUAGGCAGCACCAACACGUGAGGGAGCGAACAUCGACAAGCCAAUUGCCAUCUCUGGACGCCGAAGACCGCGAGAGAAAGGCGGCUUUAUCCCACCCAUAUAAGGUCGCUACUGAUAGUCGACCUCCGAUUUCAUCGACUGGGGAGGAUCACGAUCCUGCCGACCCUCGCUCGGCAGCUGAUUUGUGUCCAAGGAGAUCUUGGGCGAGCACCCUCUACAACUCCUGGUUCUGGGAGGUGACGUUGCUUUUUGUGAGUACUGUGGCUCUUGCCGCAGUCGUUAUUUUGCUCUUUCAUUGGAACGAAAAACCGCUAUCUCGGUGGCCAAGCAUCUUUGAACACUUCGGUGUCUACGUUGGGAACUAUACCCAAAUCUGGACUGGCCUUGUUCAUUGGAGCUUGCUUUGGCCAACAAAAGUGGACCUGGUUCGCACAACAUACGGAUACCCUCAAAGUCCUGGAUACCUUCGACGCCGCGAGUCGAGGUCCUCUAGGAAGCACCCACCUCGCUUAUCAGCUCUUCCCCCGAUGGAGUUGGUCUUCCUUCACCUGUUUUGUCCUCCUGAUUAG